AUUGGUUCGCGGACGCCUUUCAAAAAGUGUGCGCGGUAGUGGCAAUUACCCCGAUGUUUCGCAUUUUAAUCUUUAAUCAAACUAACUUACCGCGCCUUCGUUGUGUUGUUAUGAAGAACAAGUCAGCGUUUUAUCUGCUGUGACUAUAAACGCGUUGCCACAGCGGUGUCCUGCUCGAAACAUGAAGUGUCUGAAAGUGGACGAAUACGUGCAGCGGACUUCUUCUGUGGAAGAGACGGAGGUUCUACUUCAGGAACUACAGAAUUAUGUGAAGGGUCCAUCCGGCCUUCAGGGUCGCACACUGUGCGACAGGGUCAUCAGAGCCUGUAACCAACAGCUUGGAGCUGAAACACCUAAUCUUGACCAUGUCAGUCAGUUGGUCCGGCUGGUGGAGGUUUCCCUUCAGGGCUAUGAUACUUCCGCAGCCCUUGUCACUCAGAGCAGCCCACUUUACAUGGAAAAGAUCCUUUUCCAUAUUGUCAAGAAGCUAAGCACCCUAGAAGCUCACAAGCUAUGUAGCCACGUAGCUGGCUUGCUUUACAGCAGGCUUACCCCAGCCCAACAGGGUGAGGACUACUGUGUUCUUGUACGGAGCUGCUUCUCUGUGCUCAGAAAUGGACUAUCUGCCACCAAGGACGAGAAAAUAUUGAAUACCCGGGACAAACUCCACUGCCAGAUGCAAGCUCUGAGCUUCCUUUUGUUGUUGGACAACGAAAGCGUAGCUCCCUCUCUCUCCAAAGCCCCCAUAUUUUCAUUGGAAGCCAUCGCUGAAUUUGAGCGCAGCUGUGAAGUCGUAACAAAGGACGAUGCUUAUUUUCUUGUCCAGGAAAUGCACAUACUUUUUAACACAUGCUGGACUGGUGAUCAAGGCUGUGUGGGGGAUGGGUCCCAGCAGACUACUGAGAAUUCAAGUCUAUAUACGCUCUUUGAAAUAGUACUCCUUAUAGUGAAGGUGCUUUGUAAGGCAGACCACUAUAAUCUCGCUCUGACCUUCUUAAAUGACAUUGAGAGCAAGGUCAGAGACGGUCCUGACGGUCACUGCACAACCACAGUACUCGGCAAAUGGACAGUAAAGAUUCAUUCUGCAAUGAAGGCUGGCAGGGAGAGCGGCCAGGCUUUCACAGAGUGUGCCAGGGCCUUGAGGUCUCUUUCUGCUGACCUGGGGGACAGAGAAGCUCAUGCAGUCCUGGAAGGUUGUGGACUAGUGGUGUGGGCUGUUGAAAGUUGCAAUAGCAAGGGAAUAACUGGACCUGUGCUACUGGCUUGGUUUUCCUUUUGUGAGGAGCACCAAGAGCUGAUUGGAAAGAUGCUAAAGAGGAAUUCAACAAGUCAGUCUGAGUGCAGCAGACUGCAACAGGCGCUUUGCUUCAGUAUAUACAAAGACUUUGUGUUCGCUUACGAGAGCAUGCUCGCAUCACAGCUGGAGGACAGUGACACACUGGACAGAGUGCUGCUCUACUGCAAAGCUAAAGCUGGGCAGAUGAUGACUGAAUUGCGUAAACUGUCGAGUGAAAACCUUCUCAUCAAAGCAGUGAUUGCUGUGAGCAACUUGUCCUGCGGAUUUUACAACCGGCGUCUCUAUGACCAGGCCUUCACACUAGUUGAGAUUAUCUGCAGGGAUCUAUGCAAGAAUUGCCCCGCCUCGCUCUCUGUCGAUAGGUUGAGCCGACCCUUCAUGCUGGCUGUGCAGACGUCUAGGCGUGCUGGACAACUGGAGCGAGCACUGGACUGGGUGAUCCUGUGGCUGAAGGCUCUGGGAGACAAUGUCACUACUCAUAUGUCCGAGCCGGUAUCCCUGUGGGUGAAAACAAAGACUGAUGCGGCCCCUAACACGGAGGAGGACAUUCGUCUCCGGACAUUACGUGACGGUUUUGGUCCCGACGUCCCGGAUGUGCGAGUAAUGCUUUGCCUGUUGGAGGAGGAGUUGCGUUGCUAUAAGGAGUUUGCAGGAGACACAGCUCAGGAGCGUUACAACACACUCUGCGAUCUGUUGGAUAUCUGCCAUGAGGACAGCUCCCACACCCAUCUGCGUGCUGUCUACCUCUGUGAAAUGGCCCAAGUUGUGUGUUACCAGGAUUUUAGUGAACAGACCGAUUGCACAGCAGUUGAUUUUACCCAUGAAGCUUUGCGGCUACUUGAAGAAGAACCUGAGACUCUGGAGAAUGCCGACCGACUGAAAGAUGACAAGGCCCAUGCUCUACUUUGGCUCUAUAUCUGCACAAUGGAGAAAAACCUUCAGGAGGCCAUUGACAGGGACAAAAAACUGCGGGACUUGCGUGAGCAGACACUGAGUGUGGCCAAUCAAAUCGAAACCAAUGAUUUUGAUUAUGAAGACAAGCAGAAGACCCAGGACAGCAUCCUGGUCUAUGAAGGCUUGCAUUUCAACCUUGCUGCGGAGACCAAUUUGUGCAAGCCUCUGGAAAAAGCACUGGAGGAGUGGUCUGCUCUUUUCCAGAGAAAUGUCCUGCCUGCUUUAAGAAAUCCCAAACAGACCUGUAGCUCCAUCGCGGUGACUGCAGCUCUCUUUAAACUCAAAGGAAAGCCUUUAAAGGCUUUGGAAGCUUACCAACUUGCAAUUGGACUUUUCCGUCAACUUGCUGAUGCCCACGGAUGUGCCAGCUCCCUCUGUCAGUCAGCCAGCCUCCUCCUGGAAAUGGGCACUCCUGAACUCGCUUUGGGGCAGCUAGAGCUAGCGGAGGAGGUUCUUUCUUCUGUCACGGCUACUGAUGGACCUUCUUCUCACUCUACACUCGUCGUUCUGUUGAAAUCUCAGUACUGCUACAGUACAGGACAGGUGGAUCGUGGAGUAGCUUAUCUGUCUGAGGUGCUUAAAGAAAUGAACAACCAGAGACAGUCAAAGAGUUGGUACCUGCUGCGUGCGAGGAUGCUCCAGACAUGCAGCUCCUAUUUGAGUUUGGACAUCGUUGCGCUGCCCCAAGCCCAGAGAAGCCAGAUCACACCGCAUGGUCUAAAUAGCCCGGACACUGCCCUUCAUGAAAGUCUGAAGCUUCUCUGCAGCCUGCUGGUCACUUUGGUGGGAAAGGGCCUUUAUCGGUCUAACGGCAGCAGCUCAGAGAUGCGCUUUGUUGACCAGGGAGAUAACUUGGUGUUGAAGUGGCAGCUGCUCUCAGAGCUCUUAAACUGCUCCAUGAAGGUCGUGGCUGUGAGAAACGGGUGUGGAGCCGUCAAUGACGCCAGGCUUCAAUGUCUGGAAGCCCUCAAACUGGCAAUCAAGCUGCAAGCGCUCAGCCAAUGUGCUGAGCUGUUGGUGAUGAAAGCAGAGUUGGAGCUGCUGCAGGGGGAAAGAGAGGAAAGUAGAAUUGAUUUAGAUAAAGUCAGAAACCUGCUGGAACUCUGUGCAGAUUCUCCUGAUCAGGUGCAGAAGCCUGAAGUGAAAAUCAAACCAAGGAAAGGUCGCCCGACAACGAAAUCUCAGUUGCCGCUGCCUGGUGUGGAGGAUGAUCUAAAUGGCAUUCUGAGCACCCGGUGGAUUGGCAAAGAACCCGUGGUGAGGGAUGUGUCCAGCUCCCCGCCUCUUAAAGCCCAACCUCGCCGCUGGCUCUCCUCGCUGGCGCAUGAAUCCGACUGCCACUGCCCCUGCUGCUCUGAGCCCUGUCUGGGCCGUGUCACUGUUCGCUGGGCAGCCACACAGGCUGAUCUGGUCCUGCAGCUAGAUCCCAAUGAGGCCAAAGUCACUCUGAAACUUCAGACGGCAACAUUAGCUCGCUGCAAGAGUGUUUCUGCCAAACUUGGAGCUCAGUUGGCUAAACUCUUUCCUCCCCGCGGGCCUGGAAAAAGCCCCUCUAAGCCCUCCCUGAUGCAGGACGUGGUGGGCCGUGUAUACCUUCACAUGGCCCUGUCGGCGCUGGAGCCAAGGCUUAAUAAGGUCUGUGGCAUAUGGAAAGCACUGGAAGCUGGCUUGGCAUUUACUGAAUCCACAAGUUCGCCUGAGCUAAGAACUGUGAGAGCGGGCCUAAUGGCCACCAAAGGUAUCGUGUCAUUGGUUACCUUGGCUGCUAAAAAGGGCUGCAGCCCUGAGGAACUCUUCUCAAAUAAUUGGACUUGGAAUGCACCAAAAGACGAUAUUAAGCUGAAAUCAGAACAGAAAGCAGCGCCUCCCUCAUCUGCACUUAAGAAGCCUAAUGAAUCCAAUAAAAACCCAGUCAUUCCUUGCAAAACAAAAGAGGCAAAGAAGGUUAAAGUAGUCAAGCCCAGGAUUCAACUGACAAGCUCUUCAACUAAAGCAAAGGGACUUGUUCCCAUGACACCAGUAAUGAUAAAGCCCAAGCUAUCGGGUAGGGAGCUUGACUCUUUUGACUUCAACACAGUGGUGCCGACAUUGGCCUGCACUCCUAUUCAAAGAGUGAAAGCCCCUGCUUCUGUGCAGAAAGCACCGAGGACGGCCUCUAAGCUCCAGUUUCACGUUUAUGAAGAGUUGUCGCCGGUUCAAGACAAAGUCCAACCUGUACCCGCCGCACCCAGACGCACAAAAAAAUCACGCUUCGUGAUGGAGUUUAGCGACGAGAGUGACACCGAACCGGAGGAGCCUGAAGAAAAAAUAGACGUCUCUAAAAGGCGAACCACCGCAAGAAGAGCUGCACAGACCCGUAAACCAGGCCCAGAUCCACCGGCACAGAAGGUCCCGACCAAGAGGCAGACCAGGGGAAAGAAGACCACCGCGAGGCCUCAGGAGACUUCUGAGGAAGACGAGUCUUUGGUCUGUCAGCCUGCCUCCACCAGAAGAGGGAGAACUAGAAGGGAGGCGUCCCGGGCUGCAGCUGCAGCGGAGGAGGAAGAGGAGCUGGACCAGAUGAGGACCAUUGAAGAAGAAACCAAUCAAGUUCUAGACAUUAGCAUUGAGCAGCUCAGGACAUCCGACUGUGAAGAGUCUGAAGACAAUGCGGCUUCAACAUGCCCACCAAAAAAUAUUGAUUUCGAGGUGUUGCGGAGGGAUUUGUGCUGUGCUCUGGAGAGAGACGACCUGUCUGAACUAAGGAGCCGAGGUCCUCUGAGAGGUGGUCAAACGCACCUCCCUCAUUCAUACACCAGGCCAGACAAUCUUUCUCUGGAGGAUGUCGAGUCGUUGCUCCGCUCAGCAUGGUUGGCCCUCCAGCACUUCCCCUCCCCCACCAUCUACCCAACCCUGUGUGCUCUUCUGGCCUUAACCAGUGGACAGCAGGACCCAGUGACUACAGCCAUGCUGCAUGCUGACUCCCUGGGCAUCACAAAUCGCCAUCACACCAUCAGGCAUUUGGCCAGUUGUCUCAAAAAGCUCAGAAAGGUGUCCAGUGAGUUGGCAGACAAGAUGGGGGCUCUGAGUCUCGGUGAGCUCGGUCCAAAUGAGUCCACUGAGCGAAGGCUUUCUCGGUUGGAGAACAUCUUCUCUUUCCCAUCUGCUGACUCUGCUACUUUCCCCAAAAGCCACCGUCAAGGGUUUCUCCAACUAAUUGAACAGCUUCCCCCAGGGGUCACUGUGUGUGUGAUGUCUGUGCUUGGAGUAAAACCAGGGCAGAUGGGUGACGGCGUCCUGCUGUCGCGCCUAGAGAAGGGAUCUGUCCCUGUCACUGUUCACACUGCUACCUCUAAACAGCACUCCAUCAGUUGGAUGGUUCAGGAGAUGGAGAGCAUUCAGGUGGAGCAGAAGCUUGUGAGCUCAGUGUCGGAGAAAGUCAAGUGGUGGGAGGGCCGCAGGGAACUUGACUCUCGAGUCGAGCGCUUGUUGAAGCAGAUGGAGGAAUUGCUGGGGUGCUGGUGGAGCUUUCUCCUCCCGCCCUCUUUGGAUCCUGAUCUCUCCAAACAGACGCAGCACCUUUGCAAGUCUUUGUCUGCAAAGGGAGUGACAGUCAGUGAGGAAAUGUUGAUGGCCGUGCUGUCGGCCUCUCCUGUGCUCUCUCAGGACGAGCUGAAGAGAUUUGCGCUUGGACUCUCUCCGCAGUGGGACCCUGAGUGUGACCAGCUUCUCUUUGGAGCGGUGUCCCGGCUCGCUUGCAGAGAAGAGCCCCGCGGUCAUGUGGUUCUCAUCCUAGACAGGUACCUUCAGAAGCUGCCGUGGGAGAGUACCUCCUUUUUAAGGUCCCACUCUGUCAGCCGGAUGCCUUCUCUGCAUUCGAUAAUUGGACUGAGUAUUCAGAAAGAGGCGGACUCCGACUCAAUCCUGAAGCAAGGUGUGGAUGCCAAGCAGGUGUUUUAUGUGGUGGACCCUGAUUCCAAUUUAAGAAACUCUCAAGUACAAUUCAAGGAAUGGUUUUGCAGUAAACCAGAAUGGGACGGUGUGUGUGGAGUUCCUCCUGACUCGAGUCAGCUGGAAGAAGCUGUUGCUACCAAGGAUCUAUACAUUUACGUGGGUCAUGGUGCAGGUGCGCGAUUCUUCGACGGCCAAGCGGUCCUGAAACAGCAGAUGAGAGCAGCUUCUCUGAUUUUUGGCUGCAGUAGUGCAGCUCUGGCAGUGCGCGGCGAUCAGGAAGGACAAGGCAUAGUCCUCAACUACCUCACUGCAGGCUGCCCCCUUUUUUUGGGAAACCUGUGGGAUGUCACAGAUCGUGAUAUUGAUCGCUUCACCAAAGUCUUGCUGGAGUCUUGGUUAUCUGCUGGUUCCGGAGCUUCCCUCUUAGAUUAUAUGGGCCAAUCACGGCAGGUCACGCACAUGAAACACCUCGUAGGAGCUGCACCGGUGGUCUACGGCUUACCGGUUCUCCUGCAGUAAGAACAGGAAGUCAACAGUGUACGCAGUAUCGAAAUUGUAUUGUCCAUCAAUAUUAAAACCUAUGCUUCUUUUUUUUAUUUUUUAUUUUUUAGACCAACGUUACUAUAGCUUCAAUGAUUUUAAAAUCUUUAAAAAUUGUAUAAAGUAUUUUUGAAUGCAUAUCAAAUGUGUUGAUUGAAAUUCUUUCAAAUAAAUAUGUUCUUGGAUA